AUGGAAAGUUUCUUAGAAAAAAAAAGUCCUGUUCUGAUUAAAGGAUGGCAAAAGAGAUAUUUUGUUUAUUGUGAGAAUCUACUCUUAUAUUUUAAAAACAAAGUAGAUUUACCUCCUUAUCAACCAAAAGGUAUUUAGAAAUAUCUAAAUAUACAGGAGUAAUAAUGAAAUAGAAUAUUGUUUAAGUUGAUUAUUUAGAUCCUAAUAAGAACGAGUUUGUAAUUCACGUUGGAUUGAGGAAAUUUUAAUUAAGAGCAGAGAGUAAGGAAAUAAAGGAAAAAUGGGUAUGUGUAUAAGUUUGAGUUUCAGCUAGACAUAUUAAAAGUACCAUUUAAUUAAACAUCCAAAACAAAGUCUGAAUUAUCAAAUAUGAAUAAAGUUAAGUGGUAAUCAAUUAUUAUUUUCAAGGCUUGAAAUACCUGAAUAAACAAUUAUUUAAUUAUAUUUGAGAAGAGAAGAAAUUUUGUAGAAUGUUAUUUAAUAAAAAACUUAAGAUACAUAAAAUUCAUUAAUAAAAUCAUCAUAUAUCUAAUAGACAAUAGUAGCUAUGGGUGAAAAAGUAAUAAUUAGUAAAAUAUAAGAACAAAGAAUUUAUUUUGAGAUUGUUGGUUGAAAAAAAAUCUGUAAAGAAUCCUUAAGUAAAAAAGAAGAGAUGGCUGUUACUUUUCACAUCUAUAAGUACUGAGUCUUUAGACUAGAUUCAUUAAUUUAUUAAGUUCAUUCCUUAAUAAUAUACUUUGGAUACAAUAAAUUUGCUAAAAUAUGAUAAUAAUUUAGCAACAUUGACAAGUAAUAAGUAUAUGAAUUAGUGUUAUAGAAACUACAAUAGAAAUAUAUUAAAUUUAAAAUUUACAAUUUGUUGUUACUAAUGAAUACCAAAUAAUGUUUAUGUAUAAUGGUAGAGUAUUUGAAUUAAUAUUCCCUUAUUUAAGUGAUGCUAAAAAACUAAACGAUUAUAUUGUUAAAUGUUAACAAAUUAAUAAUAGUAUGCCUGUUUAAGUAAGUAGAACUAAUUAAAUACCUGUUUAUAAGAUGUAAGAUAGUAGAAGAAGAAUAAUAAAUUUAAAAGGAAAAACAUUUUUGGAAAAUUAAGUAGAAAAGAAGAUUAAUGCAUCAUAAUGGAAAAAUGUAAUACUUACUUUGAAAGAACAUGCUUUAUUUUGGGAAUUUGUUGAUACAGAAGAAUAUUCAAAUAUUGAAUUGAAAUCUAUUUCAGCUAUUGAAUAAUGUAAUAGAAUGUUUACUAUUAUUGUAAUCUAUUAAAAUAUAAUAUUAGGUGAAUGAUUAAAAUACUGUUCAAUAACAAUUUAGAGUGUCUACAAUACAAGAAGCUGAUGAAUGGACUGGUUAAUUAUCAUAUAUGACAGAUAUAGAAAUUACUAUUAAAGUAUUGGAAAAAUCUCAAACUCUAUAAAAUUAUUAAUAAAAUGCUCUAACAAACUAAUCAUAAACUUAAUAAUUAAACAAAUAAAAGACUUAAUAAUAAUAAGAAGAAUAAAAAAAACCAUCUUUUUUUCAAUAGCUUUUUUGUUGGGGAGGUGAAAGAAAAGAAUAAUGA